AUGGAGGAGACGACUGCAUUCGGGCGAAACAUUACGACACCGACGCAGAUGGGACCGGUCCUGGGACAAAGCUCCUACAUAGAUGACAUAGCUCAUGGGGCGCCUACCUGUGAUCAACUUUAUGAAGACCUGAAUGCUCUGCUGUUCCGACUCCGAUAUUGGAAUAUCUCGGUUAGCCUCCCGAAAAGUGAGUUCGGUAAACAAGCUAUACCGUAUCUAUCCCACGAAGUCUGUGCCGAAGGUAUCAGAGCUACCCUGAAGAUCGCCAAGAGUGACGUUCAAUCGUUCUUAGGAAGCCUGAAUUACUAUAACAAGUUUUUCGUAGAUUUACCUGUGGUUGCGGCUGUGCUCUACGAGCUGGAUGAGGACCGUAUUCGCGCCGUACAUGAUUUGGAUAGGGCCAAGGAAGCGUUCGAGAUUCUGAAACGUAACAUUACGUCGACUCCGCUGCUGCGCCACCCAGAUUGUACCAAGCCGUUUAUCAUCAUCCCACAUGCAAACCCUUGGGCGGCCUGUGCUGUCUUGGGGCAGGAGCAUGAGCGGAUCGUUUAA